AAAUCCGUCUCCUUCCUUGGAUCUCUCUCUUUCUCCCAAGGUUAACGAGUACAAAUGAAAUACGUUUGAUGUGGAAAAACAGUUUUCUUAUCGACGAGUGGCUCUAAUUGGCAAUUGCUACUGCAACGCGGCGGGAAAAGUCUUCUCUUACUUUUCCACGAUGGUAACAUUUGGAAUAAUCCAUCAAGACCGCAACGUUCCUGUACACUUUUCAAACAUCUAGUACUUCAACAUUUCCAGUAAAAUGAAAAAGUAAUUUUCAUUGUCUUGACCAUUUAUGAGAGUUAUGGCCCUUUGGCUUUUAAGGUUUCCAUCUAUAAAUAAAGGGGAAUACAAGCUUUCCUCUCUGCACAACGAACACUUAGACUUCAUUGAGGAAAAAAAAAAUGGCUGAGGGGGCGAGAGCUGCGGUAAUGAUCAUGAUGAUGGCAAUGGCUGCAGCAACCCUUGUAUCGGUUGCAUCUGCCAUUCAAGGAACUGCUACGUUCUAUACUCCUCCAUAUGUCCCUUCUUCAUGCAAUGGAUUUCAAAACGAUGGAGUUAUGAUCGCGGCAGCGAGUGAUGCUAUAUGGAACAACAGGGCAGCAUGCAAUAAAAGGUACAGUGUGAGGUGCACCGGAGCCACCAACCUUGGCGUGCCACAGCCUUGCCGGGGUGGCUCCAUUGUCGUAACAGUUGUGGAUUACUGUCCUCCAGGGUGCCAGGGAACCAUUGACCUUUCUCAAGAGGCUUUUGCCAUGAUUGCUGACCCUAAUGCAGGCAAAAUCCAAAUCGAGUACAAUGAGGUAUAAAUGGGGACAUGAAGACAAUGGAACUCCAAGCGACAGGCUGAUGAUAAUUAUAUCUAAAUAAACAGCCGAUUUGUAAUCUCUGUUGCCUAGCAAAUACUCAAAUAAGAAUAUCCAGGAGAAUUAUUCUGUUCUCGUAAUUUAAAGUUAAUUCAGACUAGUUAAAGCUAAUCUCUUGAACAUUAAUUUCAACCUAAGAUUGAAACAUGGUAUAUACUGGUGAUCCUCUAGACACAGUUAAUUUAUGUGAACCUCUGAAUUGGAAAGGACUAGCCAAUAAAAUUAAUCAAAACUAUUA